AUGCGCGCUGCACCAGGCAUCUCCGCUGCCAGUUCCCGAUCUGACAAUCUCUGUCACGUCGCUGGCACAUUUCCCCUUGUUGCAAUUGGGAAAUUCUUUGGUCCAGCUGCACUGAUUGUAAAGUUGCAUCGACUUGUCUGUGCCAAAGCAGCAGGCUGGCUGAUAGCUCGGACCACAAUGCUUGUCGAGCGAGCCGAUCUCGAACAUACCGACAGGGCAUGUGGACAGCAUAACUCGUGGACACCGAGACCGUUGCAGGCUGUUUCGUCGACCAUGUAUUCGUUGGGCCUCUCGCCUCCGUCGCGGCGGGGCACACGAAGCCAUCCUGCCGGGCAAUCUAAACACGCAUCAACACCCAAGGCUCCAAAGCCUUUCGAGGCUAGUGUUGGUCUCUUUACUGACGAUCCGACAUUUGAUGGUUGCAAGGACGAUCGCUGUCGUAUGGCUUGGGCUGUCCGUAUUCUCGACUCCACUGCUGUUUAUGUUCUAGGAACUGGUCUUUAUAGUUGGUUUUACAACUACAAGCAAGACUGUGUCAAGACGCAAAACUGCCAGACAAGGGCAUUUGAAGUCGAGGAGAGCUACGAUCUCUGGGUGUACAAUCUCUGUACAAAGGCUUUCAUUGAGAUGGUAUCUCCUCGCAACAGCACCGCCACGUUCGCCCGUGAUAAUGUCAACGGCUUCCUUUCCUCAAUUCUUGCCUGGCUUCAAGGCUCGAAAGAGGUUUCAGGAAAGCGCGUGUUCCCUGGAUUUCAGGUUUACCAGGCAGAUGAUGUUUUGGAGUUUGAAGUUUCAAGCGCCUGUCAGACCGCAUUGACGAGAAGGGUACUGUGUGAUUCACAAGUUGAUGAAUUUGCUGAACGUCGGUAUCGUGGUGCGCUUGAGAGCAGAAACCGCACAGACUCUGUAUGUGACGCAGGGUGUGGCGAGAGUCUACGAAGCUGGUACGAGGCAGUGGUUACAGCUUGCAAAGGAUACACACUUGACGAAGCUGUUCCCAUGUUGCUAGGCGGUAACAUGUGGGCUGGAUACAACGAAACGUGUCUCAAGAACGACGCUGGUGAUUAUUGCAACGAUGUCAUUUCCAAGUUCACACGUGUCUCUGACUAUAAGAAGAUGCCCUCGAAGGAGAUGUGCUCAACGUGCUAUGUCAAGCGCAUGGCCAUGAUGCAAUCCUCAUCCUACUCAAUCUUUGACGAGUACUAUAAGGAGAAACUCGAGUACAUUUACAGCAAGUGUGGUUUGAAGGGACCGACUGAUAUACCUCCAUCACUGAUCCCAGAGCCGGAAGACACUUCGCUCGAUUGUGGUACUGACGAAUGGUACACAACAAGUGGCAAAGAAACUUGCAACUCGAUAGCGUUGAAGCACGGAGUAUCCUCUGCCUCUCUGUUUACUGCCAAUCAGUAUCGUCUGCCCAAUUGCAAUGUUGGUGCGACCAUUGAGCCGGGUACCAAACUCUGCAUGCCUCCAGUGUGCCAUCGUACUUACACACUUCGAUCCGAGGAAGAUUGUGAUACCAUUGAGACCAACUCCACAAACCAGCUACGUGAAGGAGAUGUGCAGCUUUACAAUCCCUGGGUUGGUUUCGACUGUGUUAACUUGCAGUCAUUCACUGCCGUUUACGGUACCAUCUUAUGUCUCGGUCCACAGUUCGGACAGCAUAACAGCUCCUCCAACGGCACUGACACCACUACACCUCCUCACCAAAACCCUUACACUCAUGAAAAGAUUCCUCCCCCCAACGGCGCCAAAAUUCCCACUGGCACGACAGAUCGUUGCGGUAGAUGGCGUGUUGCAGAGAAAGAAGACACAUGCGCUAGUAUCUGCGCUAUAGGAGCUAUAGAUAUCGAUAUGUUAUUGAUGGUUAAUACUGGGCUUGUCGAUGCAGAAGUUUGUUCAGACAAACUAGUCGUUGGUAACGCGUACUGCAUUGGGCCAAAUGUUGACUGGAAUGCGCCUGCUAAGACUCAAACGACAACGGAACCUGUCAAGACAAACUGA